CCGUUAAAACCGUCGCUCCGCGCUCAGCUCCGUAUUUGGCUCCGCCUCUGGCCGUGGGGCUGGCUGAGGGGCGGUGGCGGCAGGAGCCGGAGCCGCGUCCCUUCAGCUGCGGUUGCUUACACGGCGGGGGGGGACUGCGGCCGCUAGCUCACGCCCGAGCUGCUUCAGGAAGCCGUAGGCGGGUAAAAGCAACUACUAAGGUCUAAAGCACCAGGGCCCAGAGAUGGAUUUGUUGGAAAGGUCAACAAUUAGAAGUGAGCAAAAAUCCAGAAAAUUCUUAAAAAGCCUGAUAAGAAAGCAGCCUCGGGUCCUUUUUCUUGUAAUUGGAACUGGAGUAAGUGCUGCUGUUGCACCAGGAAUCCCAGCGCUGUGCUCCUGGAGAAGCUGCAUUGAGGCUGUAAUUGAAGCAGCUGAACAGUUGGAGGUGCUGCAUCCAGGAGAUGUUGCUGAAUUUCGUAAAAAAGUGAUCAAAGAUAGAGACCUGCUUGUGGUUGCACAUGAUCUCAUCAGGAAAAUGUCACCACGUACUGGGGAUACUAAGCCCAACUUCUUCCAGGAUUGCUUAAUGGAGGUGUUUGAUAACUUAGAACAACCCAUUCAGAACCCUGUUGUUCUGCAAUCAAUCCUGAGACUAAUGGAGAGAGGCACAAUGGUUCUGACUACAAAUUAUGACAAUUUACUUGAAAUAUUUGGUCAUCAACAGGGUAAACCUAUGGAGUCUUUGGACUUGAAAGAUAAGGAUAAGGUUCUUCAGUGGGCAAGAGGUCAUAUAAAAUAUGGAGUUCUUCAUAUUCAUGGCUUGUAUACAGAUCCUUGUGGAAUGGUGCUAGAUCCUUCAGGAUAUAAAGAUGUUACUCAAGAUCCUGAAGUCAUGGAAGUUCUUCAAAAUUUGUAUCAAACAAAGUCUUUUUUUGUUUUGGGCUGUGGAGAGACUCUACGUGAUCAGAUAUUCCAAGCUCUUUUUCUUUAUACUGUAAAGAAUAAGGUGGAUUUAGAACAUUAUAUGUUGGUGCUUAAAGAAAACGAAGACCACUUUUUAAAGCUCCAGGCAGAUAUGCUUCUGCAUGGGAUAAAAGUAGUAUCUUAUGGGGACUGCUUUAAACAAUUCCCAGAGUAUGUACAAGAUCUGACUGCUCAAAUCUGCAAGCACAGAAGUCCAGGUAAUGUAUUCUCUUAAUUCAGAAAACUUAGAGUAGGUACAUAGCAGGAUGCUGCAUCUGAACAGUUAGUAGUUGGGCUGAAAUGAUGACUGUGUGUCGCUAGCACUAGGCCUGUGGAACAUCUCCAGUUAUUAUUGACUUGUAGAACUGAAACACAUGCCAAAAUUGUAACCACAUUUAUUUCUGUAAGUUCCUUGGAUUCUUUAAAAUUUAAUUCUGAAUUUGUCUUUUUGUAGUAUUUGGUUAAGAUACUCACUCUUAUGUUUGUUUAUUGGUCUGGACUAUUCUGGUAUAUUGAGUAUUAUAUAAAAUGUGUCAUGAUAGUAAAAGAGAAUUAAAAAAAAAUAUAAUAAUUGGUGGGAUAAACUGAGCCAAAAUUCAUGAUUAGGCUUAAAGUGGGAAACUAAAUCAGAAAAGGAUGUAUACGGUACACCCAGUAGCAUUUAGCUUAACUAAUUAAGUUAGGACUGUGUUAGAGUACCUGAGUGUAAGGAUAGUCUUUUGUGAAAGAAAAGUAGGAGCUGUGGAAUAAAACUCCACUUUUUGACAGUAAAUGACGUUCUGUAGAGUGCAUUUUAUGCUAGAAUGGGAAAUAAUUCAAUACCUUUGCAGAAGGUAACAGUUGUGCAUGGACAAGAUAAGUUUUACCAAGUAGAUCCUUUUACCCACUUUUUUUUUCCCCCUUGCAUCUGUGGUCUCUCAACUCUUAAAAUCUCUUAGCCAUAACAAUAGAAAGCCUUUAAUAUAAAACAGUAGAAAAAGAACAGUUUGAAGGAAAGGAGGGAGAUUUCUUUAACAUUUUCCAAACAAGGACAGUUCUACUAUGGCUUAUUCAGAGAGCUGGGGAAAAUAACCUUGGGAAGAUUCUCAUUUCAAAAAUCUUAUUUAUCAUGUCAGUGAAACUGCUUUGUCUACAGUUAUUGCAAAGUGGUGCAUAGCAGGUAUCUUGCCCUUGCUCUCUACAAAAGAUGAUCACAGGUAAAUGCCCAAAUUAUGUAAUUGUUUCUGUAAGUGGGUUAAUAGUCCAUUUAGACUGGCUUAGAUUUUUCUGACCAUGAAAGCUAGAAAAAAAGUAUUAUAGCAUCUAGAUUUUGGAAGGUCUGUCUGCAGUGCAGACACUGAAAAAUACAUUGGGGUGGAAUGUCAGACACUGAAAUAGCCUCAGCCUACUAGUUUUUUUAGUCUUUGCCAUACUAAUGUUGAUUGUUAUGCAUAUACUUUCAUAGUCUGAGAAGCAUCUAGAGCAUGUUGAAUCCAGACUAUCCAAUAUAUUGCACAGCAGCCAUUGAGCUCAAAACAGGGUGGGAAAUACAUUUAACUGAACUUUAAAUAUGAAAUAAAAAGGGUGAUUCUUGUUGGAAAUGACUGCAAGAUCAGACCAUAAUGCUGCCCUUUUCAUUCAAAGGGAUUACUGAUUGGCAUACUACUUCCAAGAAGAGGGACCUCUGACUUCUAACUCUUGUUGUUCUUAUUUACAAGUCAGGAUCCCAAAGAAAACUGAUUUCAGAUGUGGGUAACUGCUCUCUGUGGUACCCAACUGCCAGGUUUCAUUAUUUUCACGUUUGCUUUAUAACAGACAUUGACAUUAUAUUAUUUUGUGUUUGUUUCUGGGCUUAUCCUGCAGGGAACUCUUUUCUUACCCCUACUCAUGAACUUUCAGUGAUUUCUUACUGCCCAUAAAAGUACUUCUUCCGUUUUUUUUGUUUUAAACUGGUGCUCAUAUGCAAAAUCUAUCUUUAAAAAUAGCACAAGAAGCCUGUCAGGCUAUAUGAAAGAAAUAUAACUUUGGUAUUUUGGGGCAUUACCUUAAAGGUGCAAUAACUGGAUGCUAACUUGUGGUGUUGCUGUGUCUCACCCUU